AAUAAGAAGCAACAAAGGGUUUCGGGCUGGGACUAAACGUGCUGAGGAAACCAGGAGCAGACCAUUUUUCUUACGGAAUGCCAGACAUUUUUUAACUGAUGCUAAACUUUUAUGGAGGAAUAAACCGGUUGCUGUGUGGCUUUUUGUGCUCUGGAUGUCCCGUCUUCUGUGGGUCCAAUUGAACUUGCUGCUGCUGUUGAAAACGUGGUAUCUUUGUAUUUUUGUCACGGUCUGUGCAGGAAUACUUUGUAGCUUGUUGUAAAUCAAUAUUAGUUGUCAUGAGACAUUUGUCUGUUAGUGCAGAUUAAAAUCAUGCUGUUACUUAUAAGUACUUUGUGAGACAUUUAUAUCAAAGCAAAUGAAUGCCUUUAAGAGAGUUUAGAUUAGUUUUUUUUUUUUUUCAGAAAAGAAAUAAAUAUUGUGCUGUAAACUGAGCGUUCAUAAAAAGUAGUUAUUAAAUAACGAGAGCUUGUCAUAAAAAGCUUUUCAAAGUGUGAGUGUAUUUGAACCUCUGCCCUUUUACAACAUAUUAACUUCAUGUUUUAAAAUAAUGUGUGGAGAAAGUUAAAUGAACAGCUGGAGAGCUAGAAACUGAGCUUCUCUUGUCCUCAGCAGAAAACUGAAGUGGAGUAUUGAGUGGAAGUUCGGCCUACAAGCCUUUAAGCCUGCAAGUCUGUAAUUACUGACUGUCCAUUGCAGGAGGAGCUCAGUGUCCCCAGUAGCAUCUUUUUGACACUGAAAUCCAGUAGAGUCUGUAGAAAAAAGGCUAGAUUUUUUGGAACUCGGAGACUAAGAGUUUUCUACAAUGGGAGAAGACAUGGACGGCAAACCUACAAAACUACACCUGAAAUCCGAAGUAGGACUGGUUGGAGGAAUAUCCCUGAUUGCUGGGGUCAUGAUCGGAUCUGGGAUUUUCAUGUCUCCUCAGACCGUCCUGCUGAACAUUGGGAGUCCUGGUGCUGGCUUGGUGAUCUGGGCCUGCUGUGGCCUGUUGGCUAUGCUAGCUUCUCUCAGCUAUGCUGAGCUGGGUACAGUCAUCCGAGAGUCUGGAGGGGAGUAUAUCUACAUACUGCGGACCUCAGGCAACCUGAUGGCCUUUGUCAUGGCUUUCACAUCUAUAGUUGUUGUAAGGCCAACCAGCUUGACUGGAGUGGCUCUCAGCUUUGCCCAGAACGCUGUGGCACCCUUCUACUUGGAGUGCCAACCUCCAGUGGUGGUGGUGAAGUGGGUCGCUGCUAUUGGGAUCCUGUUUUUGACCAUAGUGAACUGCCUAAAUGUACGUUCCUCCGUGGCUCUCACAGUGUUCUUCAUGGUGGUGAAAUUCAUUGCACUCGUGGUUAUUGUGAUUGGCGGUGUCGUGUUACUCGCUCAAGGUAACACUGCCAACUUCCAGAAUUCUUUCGAAGGAACCAAUCUCAACCUUAGUGCCAUAGGAAUGGCGUUCUAUCAGUGUCUGUGGUCCUACGAUGGCUGGAACAACCUGAACUAUGUAACAGAAGAGCUCAAACGGCCUGAGGUAAACCUACCCAGGGCUUUGAUGAUUGCCAUCCCAAUGGUAACUGUCCUCUACCUGCUGGUCAAUGUAAGUUAUCUAGCUGUCAUGACUCCCAGAGAGCUGGCAGUUUCCAGUGCUGUGGCUGUUACAUGGGGGAAUAAGGUGCUGGGAGGCUGGGGCUGGGUGAUGUCCGUUGCAGCAGCUCUGUCAUCCUUUGGGUCUCUGAAUGGAUCGUUCUUCAGUGGAGGACGAGUCUGCUUCGUAGCUGCCAGAGAGGGACAUAUGCCUGAUAUCUUGGCCAUGGCUCAUGUUCGACGCCUCACUCCAUCUCCAGCUCUCAUCUUCACCACUGUUAUCUCCCUCAUUGUGCUCAUCCCUGGAGACUUCGAGGGAAUAGUGAACUUCUUCAGUUUCACAGCCUGGUUCUUCUAUGGCGUCACAUUAUCAGGACUUCUUUACCUAAAAAUCAAGAAACGUGAUCUUCCUCGUUCAUACACGGUCCCCAUUAUUAUCCCCUUCCUGGUCCUGCUGGCAGCAGUGUUCCUCGUUCUUGCUCCCAUCAUCGACAACCCUCAGAUCGAGUACCUGUACGUGACCCUCUUCAUCCUCAGCGGAGUUCUGAUUUAUGUUCCAUUCAUUCACUACAAACUGUGUCCCGGAUUCCUGAACAAACUCACAGUCUUCCUCCAGCUCUUCCUGGAGGUGGCGCCAGCUGAUAAAAACCUGUGAGGUUCCAGGACCUUCUGGUUUGGGAGACAUUUCUUGUCCCAACUUUGUAGUAACACUGAACACUGUAGCAGUUAAAAAAAGCUCCAUUUUUGCUGUUUUUAAUUUUGUUUACAUAAUAUGAAUCUGAACGUAGUUCUUUAUGUUGUAUUAAAAUUGUAUAAUGAAUGCAAUCCAAUUGAAAUGCUCCAAAAUUUGGAAUAACUUGGAAUAAAAUCUUUUUCCAUUGA